AGAGCGGCACGCACCACAAGAUGCACCCUAAGGCGCGCUAGACCGCAACCAGCAAUACCUCGGUCGUUUUCUGACAUCACCUGCCCUCUCCACGUCUCACGCCGGCCUUGUCUCCAUCUUCAUCCUGUCUCCGAUCGCAGCUCCAAUCUCCUAGCACGCCGUGCCCGAAGUCGAAAAAAUAACAUACAGAUGUGCUAGUAGUCAAGGUAGCAUCUGUCCGUCUUGCUUAUAACAUCUUUUUCCGCGACUCGGUUUCCCAUUUCCCCCGAAACCAACAACUCAAACACAAAAUCCUGUCCACGUCUACCUACAUUCCGAUCUCCUCCCCAUAAACGAGUAGACAAAAUUCACAAAGUCUAUAAUCAUGGGUGCUCUUGAUAGACUGUCCGCCCUGGGCAACCAGCUGUCCGGCUCCGUUGCGGCGGGUGGCAAGGCGAAGAUUUUGGAGAAGAACCCCGACGAUAUCGUCGUGACAGCAUGCCUGCGAACAGCGAUCACAAAAGGCGGAAAGGGAGGAUUCAAGGACACGCACGCGGCCGACCUCAUGGCGGGAGCCCUGAAGGGAAUUAUUGACCGGUCCGGCAUCGACCCGAGCCUGGUCGAGGAUAUCUGCGUCGGCACAGUGCUUGCGCCGGGCGGUGGUGCGACCGAGAUGCGCGCCGCCAGUCUGGUAGCCGGAUUCCCCGAGUCGGCUGCCGUCCGCACCCUUAACCGGCAAUGCUCGUCGGGUCUUCAGGCCUGCGUCGACGUCGCCAACCAGAUCCGCUCCGGCAUGAUCCAGGUCGGCAUCGGCGCCGGUGUUGAGAGCAUGUCGCUGCAGUACGGCCCUGGUGCCGUCAGCGAGUUCUCCGAGGCGUUCGAGAACCACCCCGAGGCAGCCAACUGCAAGGUUCCCAUGGGAAUCCUCUCGGAGCAGAUGGCUAAGGACAAGGGUGUGAGCCGCGCGAGCCAGGAUGCUUUCGCUGCUGCGUCGUUCCAAAAGGCUGUGAAGGCGCAGGCUGCUGGCCUCUUUAAGGAGGAGAUCCUGCCCCUCAAGGUCAAGUUUGAGGACCCCAAGUCGGGCGAGACCAGGGAGAUUGUUGUCGACCGCGACGACGGCGUCCGCGACGGCGUCACUGCUGAGUCUCUCGGCAAAAUCAAGGCGGCUUUCGCCAAGGAGGGCGGGAGCAUCCACGCCGGCAAUGCUAGCCAGGUCAGCGACGGCGCUGCCGCUGUGCUGCUGAUGAAGCGGUCUACUGCCGAAAGGCUCGGUCAAACCAUCGUCGGCAAGUUUGUUGCCGCCUCGAUCGUCGGCGUCAAGCCCCUCCUCAUGGGCGUGGGCCCUUGGAAAGCCAUCCCUAAGGUGUUUGAGCUUACUGGCCUGACUAAGGAGGACGUCGACAUUUUCGAGAUCAACGAGGCUUUCGCCAGCCAGUGUCUGUGGUGCGCGCACGAGCUAGGAAUCCCGCAGGAGAAGAUCAACCCCAAGGGCGGCGCCAUUGCCUUUGGUCACCCCCUUGGCUGCACCGGCGCCCGCCAAGUCUCAACAUUGUUGUACGAGCUGAAGAGGAGGAACCAGAAGAUUGGUGUCACGUCCAUGUGCGUCGGCACCGGCAUGGGAAUGGCUGCCGUAUGGGUGGCCGAAUAAGCGGCUCGGACAAUCCUGUAAACCAUCCUGACAUGAAAUGUAGUGUAUUUCUAGGCUUUCGCUUAGGUUAUUGGUUAUAUAUAACUCGACGCGCCUUGCCAUCUAAAUCAAAAUUUACCC